ACUUUUUUUUUUAAUAAUUGACAACAAAAGAUUUGAUCGUACCGAAACAAGGCGAAGAUUCCAUUGAAGGAAUCCGAGAGAAGGUUCGAAGCUCCACAAUGACAAGUUCUCAACAGUGAUCUCUUCCGUCACCCAAAAUUGGCUCAAUUCACUUUUCUUCUUCAGGAAUAAACAAAGAUCCAAAGGAGUUUUUUUUUUUAAUUGAUGGCUGAGGAGAUUUCAAACGAAGUGAAUCUGGAUUUGAAUCUAGGUCCUGCCCCUGACGUAAGUCUCGAGCCAGUAACGGAUCCUUCUGCUGCGUAUUGGGCUAAUGGAACAUUUAAUGGAGAUGUUGAACCUUUGAGAAGGCUCUGGACACGGCACGGGUCCAGACAGUUUGAUGUUCUUUCAGUUCCUGCAGAGACUCAUAGCCCACUGAUAGAGUUGAGUCAGUUAAUGAUGGCUUCUGCUAAUGGAGCUGCCUUACCAGCUGGUGGAGGAAGAGUCAGCGAGGAGGAGGAGGAGGAGGAGGCUAAAAAGUGCGAGAAUGGGAACAAAGUGGUUGAAGAAGACAAUGUUAAAGAGGAGAAAAGAGUUGUUGAGAAGAGCGUUGGAAGCGACGGGAGCUUUUUCGACUGUUACGUAUGUUUGGACUUGUCCAAGGAUCCAGUUGUUACUAACUGUGGCCAUCUUUUCUGUUGGUCUUGUCUUUACCGCUGGCUACAGGUCUCAGAGGCAAAGGAGUGUCCGGUUUGCAAAGGGGAGGUAUCAGUUAAAACCUUGACUCCGAUCUAUGGCCGUGGGGAGAAAAACAAAAGAGUCUCUCUAGAGGGGGUUUCAGACAACAAGAACAAGAUCCCUUCGAGACCUCAAGCAAGGCGUGUGGAGAGUCUGAGGACUACACUUGAGAGGUCAGGUUAUAUAGGGACGGAAAUGAUUAGACAUUUACAGGAUGGGCUAGCGAGGGAAUCUAGGACUGGUGAAAGAACAGCUAGACCGUUUCUUAACCGGUUUAUGACCUCAAGAGGAGUUAGAGCAGAGCUGAACCAGUCUAGUGCUGCAUCAGUGGCACCGUUAGAUGAUAUUAGACGUACCAAUCUGAUCUCAAGCACUGAAUAUGAAAGGGGAAGAAGACAGCUGUGGGCUGCUCCUCCUCUGGGUAUGUCAAUCCAGAGACAGAUGCAGGCAGCAGCAAGAGAUUUGAGGGUGCCGUUUUCUCCUGUGUUGACCGCUGCUGAAAGAUUAGAGGAUGCUUAUUUGAUGACGCAUGCAUUUGAUGCGCAACUCAACGUUCCUAGUGUUGGUGCUGAAGACAGAGAUUCGUUCUCAAGUAUAAUAGGGGUAAUGAACUCGGAGAGUCAAGUUGAUACUGCAGCUGACAUUGAUUCUAUGGUGACUGUUUCGACUUCUUCCUCUGUGAGAAGACCACAUGAGAAUGGCUCAAGGGUCUCUGAUGUAGACAGUGCAGACUCUCGUCCUCUGAGGAGGAGGAGAUUGGCUUAGAGUGGUUUCUGACUUCCGUGGCUGGUGGUGGAAGAAGAAAGAGGGAGCAGCUAGGAUCAUCUGUAGUUGAAAUCUGCGGUUUAGUUUCUCUUUUUUUUUUGGAUUUUGGAUUUUGAUUUUUUUUGGUUUUUGCUUAGGGGAUGGUUAUUGAGUCAAAAAUUAAUAAUAUAUUCAGUUGCUUAUAGAAUACAUCUGUUCAGAUUUAUGUUAGUCCAAACUUUUUCAAUCUGGUGAAUCAAACAUGAAUUCAGGUU